AUGAGUCAUCGUCGCAUACUUCAAGAUUUUGAACAAUAUCAAAAAUCUAGGACGAAAUUUGUUCAGACGGUAGCUGAACUUGCGGUUCAACCGCAAAAUAUUGAAGUUCUUCAAAAUCUUGGAGUGUUAUCCUUGUUGAGGCCUCUGUUGCUAGACACUGUGCCAAGUAUUCAGCAAACUGCAGCUAUUGCUUUAGGAAGACUAGCUAACCAUAGGAAAGAUUUAGCGGAGGUUAUUGUAAAGGGGGAUAUCCUACCACAGCUUGUUUAUUCCUUAGCACAACAAAAUAGAUUUUACAAAAGAGCCGCAGCUUUUGUCCUGAAAUCCAUAGCUAAGCACUCAGCAGAGCUUUCACAGAAUAUUGUUGAUUGCGGAGCACUAGAUGCCCUUACAGUGUGCUUGGAGGAGUUUGAUCCGGCUGUAAAAGAAGGGGCUGCAUGUGCAAUAGGAUGCAUUGCUAAACAUUCUGCGGAACUUUCUCAAGCAGUAGUAGAUGCAGGCGCUGUGCCGUUGCUAGUAAUAUGUGUCCAGGAGCCUGAAAUAAGUCUGAAACGAGCAUCUGCGUGUACUUUGGCUGAGAUAGCGAAACAUACUGCUGAUCUUGCUCAGGCCGUUGUUGAUGCUGGUGCAAUAGCUCACCUAGCUCAGUUGGUACUAAACCAAGACUCUUUGCUGAAGCGGCAAGUAUUCGCAGCCUUAUCUACGAUUGCGAAACAUUCUGUGGACCUAGCGGAACUUGUUGUUGAGGCUGAAAUAUUUCCAGCUGUAUUAGUAUGCCUAAAAGAUACAGAUGAUAUCGUCAGGAAGAACUGUGGGAACCUUGUCAAAGAAAUAGUCAAACACACCCCAGAACUCAGCCAGUUAAUUGUGAAUUCAGGAGGAGUUGCGGCCAUGGUUGACCAAAUUGGUGAUUCUAAGGGUUUCACCUGUCUGCCAGCAAUUAUGGCCUUAGGAUACAUAGCAGCUCACUCCGAAACUCUGGCAAUGAGUGUAAUAGUUUCAAACGGUGUUCUGCAGCUGAAGUGCGUGCUACUAAGGGAACCAACUGAAGAGAUGCAAGCUGCGGCUGCUUGGGCUCUUGGUCAAAUCGGUCGUCAUACACCAGAACACGCAAAAGCCAUAGCUCAGGUUGAUGUACUUCAAAUUUUGUUGGACUGUUAUCUGAAGCCGAAUGCUACUGAAGAUUUGAAGACAAAGACCAAAAAUGCACUGAAGCUUAUAAUUCAGAAGUGCGUCAAUUUGGAAGCACUAGAACCUCUCUUGCAGAAAGCACCUCCAAGUAUAUUGAAACAUGCCGUUGCACAGUUCAGCAAGGUUUUACCACAUGAUAGCAGGGCGCGCCGAUGUUUUGUGGCAUCUGGAGGUCUUAAGAAAAUACAAGAGCUCAAAGAUGAUAAUGAGGGCUUAUUAUCAGAAUAUAUUAAUGCAAUAAAUAACUGUUAUCCAGAGGAAGUUGUGCGCUACUACUCUCCAGGCUAUGCAGAAACAUUGAUGGAACGUGUGGAGGCAUAUCAAAUACCAAUCUGA